AUGCUGAAAGAAAAGUUGAUAGAAGAAGUGCGAAAAUAUCCGCUACUAUACGACCUUCGUGAUCCGAAAUAUAGUGACGUACAUAAGAAGGAAAAGGCAUGGAAUGAAAUCGCUAUUGUAUUGUCGCAACCAGCGUCAGAAUGUAAGAAGAUAUGGCAAAACUUAAGGGAAUAUCAUAGAAGAGCCAUUAAAAAGAAAGCAACUAAAAGUGGUCAGAGUGCUAAUACUAAUAAAAAAUGGCAAUAUGAAACUGAAAUGUCUUUUUUAUUACCACAUUAUAAAGAACGGUCUACAGUGACGUCAGUGGACAACACAGAUGAUGGUGAUGAUGAAAAUAGCUUAUCUGCUGCGGAAAUUCUUGCCAAUGUGACUAAUAAUGAAGAAUCUCAAGACUCGUCAAUUAUCUCGGAGCGUCCUGAAUCUUCGGUGUCUAUGUACGAUUCAUCUAGAUCAGUGUUUCCUGACAUUCCAAAAACGACAAAACGAAAGAAAUUGCAAGAAACAAAUCUCGACGAUAAAGAAAUCGAGGAGUUAUUGGAAUCUUCAGAAAUUGAAGAUUUCAUUCCAUCUGACGUAGACGUAGGUGACCCCGAGUGGUCAAUUCACCACGUAAGUGUAUCUAUACCUUCAACAUCAUACUCGGGAGAUUCUUCCUCCGAACCUGAAAGUGAUAAGGAAAACUCCCAAAAGAAAAGAAGACGACGUGGAAGAAAGCGUGGAAAAGGACGAGUAAGGGGUGGAGGCAGAGCAAACCAUCAAGCUUCUCCUCUUCUCUCCUCUCCUUCGGAGCGCGGAACAACAUCUUCAGGUAAUUGGAGUGUUAAAGAUUUCCACCCUCGUUUUCCUGAAUUGAUGCAACCAGCAUAUUUGUGGACUGACACGGUAGGGAAUGAGCGCUACAGUAAUGCAUAUGGCGAUUAUAGAGGGGGAUAUGGGCCAAUGAAUAGUGGUGGUUUUGGUCCAAUGAAUGGCGGUGGUUUUGGUCCUAUGAAUAGUGGAAAUUUUGGACCUCCGCGUAAUAUGGGCCCACCCCCUGGCAAUUUUGGACCUAGACCAUUAUUUCCUCCAGAAGAAAUGCAAAUGUUCAUGGGUAGAGGCUUUGGUCCCCAAGGUCCUCCUAAUAGAUUUAGAAAAAAUAAGGAUAAAGCUACUAGAUAUUUGAUACGCUGUGGAGUCCCGAAAGAGCACUUGAAGAACUUGCCCAGAGCACUGUUGCAAUUAAUAGAGCCACAGUAUUGCGGUUUGUGUGCUCAAGAAUUCAAUUCAUUUGCUAUAUCUCGCACACAUUAUGUUUCCAAAAAUCAUCUGAAGAAUCAGAAAAAAUGGUUAUCGCAACAAUCAGAAGGGGGAUUCCAACAAGCUAGAGAGAUCCCAUUUAAGUCACGUGAGUUGUACUGUGAACUAUGUGAUGUGCAUAUUACAUCUAAAUCUCAUGCUGAUUCGCAUUACGCCGGAAAACCCCACCGCGCUAUUGUAGAAGGUCGAAAAAUGCCCCGAAAUCCUGCUUUACUGCAGCGCAGUAUGUCUAACCGAUUGGAACAACUUAUUCGUCGUGAAAAGAAGAAUUUAAAGCCAUUGGAAGACGCAGAACUCAAAGAGGAGCAGGCUAAGGAAACCAAAACUGUCCAGUCGGAGCUGUAUUGCGACAUUUGCAAGACUUCUGUAACUUGCACCGAGCAAAUGACCAUGCAUUUGAAUGGUAAAAGACAUUUGCAAAAGGAAAAGCAGCAUAUUCUUAAAAUGAUGAAAGGCGACACCAAUGAUAAUAAGGACAACACAAAAGAAGGUGGUGAGGAAGAUGAUGAAAAUGAAGAGGAAGGAGAUGAAGGGGAAACUGAUAAAAAAGAUGACGGAGAAAAUGGAGAUGAAGAGGGAGACGAGGUAGAGGCAGUUGAAGGUGGAGACGCAGAAGCGGGCGCUGGAGGUGGUGAAGAUGAUUUCGAUUGGGGCAAUGGUAGUGGAACUUGGGAUGAACCUGAAACUAUUCAGUGGUAA